GAGAAGGAAAGAGAGACAAGGGUUUGCAAGUUGGAGUGUUUGGCCUUUUUGCACAGAAGAGUCCCUGAGGAGACCUGAGAUCUUCUGGUGGUCAGAAAACUGCCCAGACUGAGAAUCUGAGUGCAGAUAAUGAGGAUGGCAGUAAGGAUGUUGAUGCUGUCUUUGCUGUGUGCACUGUUUUGUCAGGUGUGGACCUCUGCAGAACAUCACCACAAUGAUGUAAAGCUGGACCCACGGGCCAUUUACCCCUGGAGAAAUCAAGGCAAAGGGGUGGUCAGAGUGAAGAGGGACUGGAUCAUUCCUCCUAUCAGAGUGCUGGAGAACAGCAAGCAGAUUCCUGAAGAUCUUGUCCAGAUUAAAUCAGACAAAAUCUUCUCAGGUGAAGUGAUAUACAAGUUAGAGGGGCCAGGGGUGGACCAGGAGCCCAAGAAUCUGUUUGAGAUUGAUGAUAAAACAGGCAUGAUCAGGAGCAAGAGGCCGCUGGACAGAGAGAAGCACAGCAGCUUCACGCUUAAAGCCUUUGCGCUAUCCCCCAGUGGAGAAAGACUAGAGAACCCCACAACCAUCGAGAUAGUGGUGCUGGAUCAGAAUGACAACAGACCCGCCUUCAAUCAGAAACAGUUUGUUGGCACCAUCUCCGAGUUUUCUGUCCCAGGCACAUCCGUGAUGUCAGUGUCAGCCACAGAUGCAGAUGACCCGAUGACAGAAAACGCUGCUCUGAGCUACUUUAUCAUUGGCCAGGAGAGCAUUCCUGCCAACGCUGUGACCAAGACUAUGUUUGGCAUCAAUAACCAAACAGGUGCCAUCUACACCAGAGAUGUAGGCCUGGACCGAGAGGUGGUGAAAGGUUUUAAGUUAAAGCUUCAGGUUGCUGAUAUGGGAGGUAUGGGAUUGAGCAGUGAAGGUGUGGCAGUCAUCCAUGUAACUGAUAUCAACAACCAUGCACCACAGUUCAGCCCUGAUUCGUACAGCAUGUCGGCAGUGGAAAACAAUUUCAACUAUGAAAUUGGUCGAGUGAAUGUAACCGACAGAGAUGAUCGUGGAACAGGAAACUGGGAGGCUAAAUAUUCCAUCUCCAAUGACCCUAAUGGCAACUUUGCCAUCAGUACGGAUCCUGCCACCAACCAGGGAGUUCUGUCUGUGUUCAAGCCUUUGGAUUAUGAAACAAAAAAAGACCACAUCCUCAUUUUGACUGUGGAAAAUGUCAAUCCUCUGAGUAGCAAGGCUCCCAUCUUGCCAGCGAGCACCGCCACAGUGGUGGUCACUGUUGUGAACAAGAAUGAAGCUCCGUAUUUUAAAAACAAUCCCAUAGAGAUUGAAAUACCUGAGACUGUGGAUCCUGGAAAAUUACUUGCAAGUGAAAUUGCUUUAGAUCCGGAUGAUUUUGAACUGAGAUUUGAAAUCAUCAAAGAUCCUGAGAGGUGGCUGGAGAUUAACAAACAUACAGGAGACAUUACAGCCAAGAGAAGCUUUAACAUGAGAUCUCCACAUGUUAUCAACAAUAUAUACAGAGCUGUUGUCAAGGUUACAGAUGUUGAUGGUUUGUCAGCCACUGCCACAGUGGCCAUCUUACUGAAGGAGACCAAUGACUUCCCCCCUCUGCUCUUCCCUCUGAGCGGCUCCAUUUGCAGAGAUUUCAGGAGCACAAGCUCUGGUCUUUUUCUGACGGCUGUAGAUGAGGACCAUCCUCCACACGCUGCUCCCUUCUUCUUUAAAAUACUUGACGACUCGUCAGUCAACUGGACUUUAAUUCAAGUCAAUGAUACUCAUGCUGUUCUUCAGCCUGUUGGAGAGCUGGAAGCUGGAGAGCAUGCAGUCACAGUGAUGGUGUCAGACUCCGGAAGCCCAACUAUGAUGGCCUACGCUCAGGUCAAUGUCACAGUGUGUCUCUGUGACUCGUUUGGAGACUGUAAGUCAGAGGCGGGGGCUAUCUUAGGCUCCAGCGUGGGAAUCAGCUUCAUUGCUCUCAUCAUCAUCAUGGCCUGUGUUGCUCUACUUUUGUUGCUGCUCCUCCUGGCUGUUGCUUUGACUGCCUGUGGAAGACGCCACCAUAUAAAAAAAGGAACAGGCCUGCUUGUUGGGGAAUCAGAGGAUGAUAUACGUGACAAUGUCCUCAACUAUGAUGAACAAGGAGGAGGAGAGGAAGAUGAGAAUGCUUUUAACAUUGACCUGCUGUGGAAACCCCACGAUGCACCUUCCACCCCACGGACCUUCUACCCAGGCUCUGCUGUUCCUCGAGGAAAACAGCCCCUGAGAAAGGAUGCCCCUCAUAACCUGCCCUCCCCCACCUACCCUCGGAGGCCUCCUGCUGAUCCCACAGACAUCGAGGACUACAUCAAUGAUGGCCUGGAGGCAGCAGACAAUGAUCCAAAUGUGCCUCCAUAUGAUACAGCCCUGAUCUACGACUACGAAGGAGAGGGCUCUGUGGCGGGCAGCCUCAGCUCCAUUGCUUCAGGUAGCUCGGAUGGAGAUCAGGACUACGACUACCUCAACGACUGGGGACCACGCUUUCAGAAACUGGCCAACAUGUAUGACCCGCGUUAAAGUGGUUGGAGCUCCACAGAAACAAGACAUGCUGUUAUCUGCAAGGUUCACCAGCAGAUAACAGCACAGAUCGGGCCUCUGCUGUCUUCUUUCUGGACACAUUUUAAAGAUUAUAACUGAACACAAGAUUGGAAGUGUUCCAUGGAAAAAUAGACUCCAUAUAAAAAGCCGUGGGUCUCAAAUCUAAUGUGCCUUACCAUUUACUAAGGAAAAAAGAUGUGUUUAAAAAUAAUGAUUAGAAAGUAAUUCAGCGCAAGGUUUAGUGGUUUGCUCAGGAAAAGGCAGCGAGAUGGAAAAAUUGUUUGUUGGCCUGAUCAGUUUUUGAGGAAAACUUGAGUGGUGCAGGAAAUGUGUGUCCGUGUCUGGUGUUUUUCCUCAGCCAUGUGCAGCUCAGGAAUCAUACACACAAGCAGAAGACACGAAAGCCUAUUUUAAUGUAUUUUGUUUUUUUAUACAAGUGAUAAUUUUAUAAGAUGAAUUUCUUUCUUCAUUAGUUUUGUUUUUUGUAAUUACAAAUCCUCCAUUCCAGCAUUUAUUCACGUUUUUAGGCGCCAUCUCAGCAUUAAACACAUCGUACCACACAAUAACCUGUAAUUAUCCAACUGGAGGUGUAGAAUUAUUGCUUUUUUUUAAUAUGGUCAUUGAAUUCAAAAUUUGUGUCUACAUAAUAAAUGAGUGUUUAUUUCUCAUUAUAGAUCCUGUUCACUGGCUGGAUUUACUCCU